AUUAAGUUUGUUAUUGUGAGUAAAAAAAAGUAAACGAAGAAGAAAGGAUUUUACAAGGACGUUACAACUUACAACUGAUAAUCGCAACAUCACAACUGAAGUCCUUAGCCCCGGCACGUUGAAGCGUAAACAGUCACCAUGGCAAAAGAGAUGAUGAUAGUAUUUGUUUAUGACACUGUAAGGUGUUGUAAAGAAGAUGAUGAUCCUGCAGAGGCAGUUAUGUAUUUUCAUCCUGCAUGGGUAUCUCUUACGCAAAGAUUAGCUCUAGCAGGGCAAUUAAUGGCUGUUAAUCAAUUUCUUUCAACUUCGUUUUCCAAUCCAAAAUCAAUCACAUUACAAGGAGGAAAAUUUGUAUUAAAGAAAUUUGGACAGUACAUACUUGCAGUUGGAACUGAUAGGAAUAUUCAUGACUGGAUUCUAGAAAGGCGUGCAAAUACAUUAGAAUCGUUGCUAAAAUUUUUUCAUUAUGAUUUGAAUAAGAUACUGGAAUCAUUUAAUAAUGACAGAAAUAAGUUCACAGAGAAGCUUUAUCAAAUGUUUGAAACAUAUUUGCCAAUACUUCAAUAUAGUGCCAAUCUUUUCUCCAAUAUUCCUAUCAUUAAACUUCCAAAGAGUGCUAGUAACAUAUUUUUAGAAGCAAUUCAAGUUUUACAAUAUUAUCAAGAAAUCGGUGGUAUCAUAGGUGGUGCACUCUUCUAUAAUAAUAAGGUAGUUGCAACUCAGUUAAGUGCUGAGUUGACCAAACAAAUUGUUAUAACUGAUCCAUAUAGAAUAAAGGCUCCUGCAGAGAGAAUAUCGACAGAAUUUCAUCUACCUGUUGGAGUACAGUUAUUGCGAGUAUAUAUAGAGCAAAAACAGUUUACGAAACUUAUACAAGAAGCAAAUAAUGAACGAUAUUAUAGUUCUUAUUUAGAUUCUGUGACAAAAAAGAUAUUUCAAAGAAAGAACAUGUCCAAGAACAGUAAGGAACUCCCUUUGUCCGGAAUGAAACGUGAUACUUCUCGCAUUUUUACUGUACCUGAAGAAGGAGAAUUAGAUUCAUUACAGUACAACGAUAAUAGUCACUAUGUACCCUCCGUACCACUUACAGCUUACAGUUCUCCAGUGAAACGUAAACAGGAAAGUAAAACAGACCGUCCUAAGUGUGUAAAUCCUUUAACUCCUAGCGUUUGCUCUACACCAUUAAAAGAUAUUAAUAGAGUAUUACAUGGUAAUGCUAUGUUAAUAUGUAACACAAACGAAGAUACAAAUAAUGAAGCAGAAGAAGAAAAGAAAGAAAUAAAAACAAAUGUAGAUGAUAUUCCAGAUGUUGUUAAGGAAGCACUUAGAUAUAAACGUUUAAAUAAAUUAAGAAACAUUACGCCAAAAGAAAAACUAGUUAAACGAAAAGAAUUUAAUAAGAGAAGCUUAAGUAUGCAUGAUUUAGGAUCGUCCAAUUUGUACUCCAAUCGAAUAUCAGUAAGAACAUAUGGAUUAGGGUUGCCACAAUUAAAACAAAAUAUAUCUCCCGAAACUUCUCCUCAAAAGCAAUCUUUACAUAAAAGGCAGUUUCAUACAAUUACUGACCCAUAUUAUCCUAUAUUUCGAUGUGAUGGAUUACCAGUAUCUCAGUCUUUAUAUAAUCAAUAUAUAUCUUCGCAUUACGAAGAACUUAAGGAUGAUCGAAAUAAUACAAUUAAUCGUAACGACUUUUUAACAAGUUUAGCUAACGAUUGUAACAUGAAAAAUGUAACAAAUAGCUGUGAUACCAUGAUCAGUGAUAAUUUAGAAAAAUCAAGUAAUUCUCGUGACAUAAAAAUAGAUAGUAAAGUGAAACAAGAAACUUAUCGCAGAUCAAUGAGUCUUCCUUUGAAACCACUCAAUAUCACUGAUAAUGAUGAUAGACGAAAAUCAGCAUCGGAAUGCGGUAACGUGUAUGAAUUUCUUCAAAAGAAAAAGUUGGAUGGUCUACAAUUAACGCCUCUUAUGUCUAAACUCAGUUUACUUGCUGAUGAGAGAACUAGCGGUUUUUGUAGUAGAGAAACAACUCCUAGCGAAUUUCGUGAUUUAUCGGGCUUUUCAGCAGCAACGAAUCAAAUAAUUAAGCAAAAACUGGAAGCAGUUAAUAAGGAAACUGGCAGUGACGGUGAAGAUGAAUUGGAAGAAGAUUGGGUAACUACUUCCAAAGAUGAAGUUUCUUUUGAGAAAACAGAACUAUUUCUCUGUGGACAUCACAAUAUGGUGCUAGUACUAUUAAUGGAAAAUGGAACUGCUAAUAAUCCUGAUCUUAUACACUCUCUCUGGCAGACUUGCGUGAAUACGUUAGGAAAGCUUGAAGCUAGACUACAACAAUGUUUAGAGCCUCUACCUUCAAAUGAAAAUAAGGAAUUAUAUAGUAUAUUAAGUAUUGAUCCUCAAUGGGAUACAAUAAAUCGUUCUGGACUCUGGGGUGUCACUGAAUUGGAUAUUGUUUCUUGCCUUCAUGAUAGGUUCACAUAUGCCAGCAAUCUCACAGAUAUUAUUGUCAGAACGGAAGAUACCGUUGUUUAUGGUAACCAGUGUGGAAACGUAGAGGUAUUUUAUCAACAAGCAGUGGCUCCAAAUACCUCUGGAGGACUUCCAACUCCUGCAGAUUUAAUGGGAAUUGUGUCUCUUAAAGCAAAACGUAGACUGGAAAGAGAUCAUGGGAUUGUAUUGCUAUAAAUAAUAAUUAUCUACAAAUGCUUCCAUCACAAUCUCGUUUAGGAUUGAAUUGUUUUAUUUAAUAUUUUGUUCUUUUUUUUAUAUUUCCUGGCAUGCCAAAUUAAUAAUGAUAUAUAACAUUCUGUACAUAUUUUAUCUCCAAAUAGUAGUACAUACAUUUUCCUGAUGUUUUUAAUAAUAUUAAAUAGAAGCAUUCUCUUUACCUUGUUAUAUGGUAAUACAAGGGCAUUAAAAAUGGGAAUGCAAUUCUUCAUUUAGUAGUUAGCAUGUAACAGUAGUUGAACUCUUAUUACCAUAGCAACGAUUUUCAAAUAACCAUAUAUAAACAUCACGUAUAUAUGUUAAUGCGUGUAUGUAUACUUUUAGUAUUAUAUUUAUUUAAAACGUCCAUAUUUUGAGUAAGAAACAAUGAGUUCAAAUUUUCAUAUCUCUUUCCAAAUAAAAGGAUAAUUAAACAUUCCAUUAAUUUAAUCGACCAAGAACAUUUUUACGAUAAAAAAAUACUACAUAUUCAUAGAAAAAAAUAUUACCAAAUUUUCUACAUAUAUUUUUGUAAUAAAGAUCAUACUAUUGAGUCUAAUAAUUUAAGAAUUGGCGGUAAUCAAGGAAUUUUUAUAUCACUCACAUGCACCGACCAUACAUAACAAAACCGGUAUUGAAACGUUACUAUUUUCGCGAUCAUAAAUGAUAUAUUUUAAUACGAAAUAUUAAAUGCUUUAUUAAAAGAAAUUCUUCGAUAAUAAAUUCACACUGAACAAUUGGUUUUUUCAUAAUAGUAUAAAAAGUAACGUGAACUUCAGAUAUUGUAUAUCUUUAUUACAUUUUUUUAUCUUAUUAAAUAUGAAUGAUGUUACGCAAUAAAAUUUGCAAUUACAUUUAAAAGUUUUGUAUCAUAAACAUAAAUGUAGUAGAAAUAUAUAUUAUACCUAAAUAAUAAUUUUUAUCAUGUAUGGUUUCAACAAUUAGAUAAAUAAUGAAUAAAUAUUCAUAACAGGUACAUAAAUAUUCUUUUAAAAUAUUUAAAAUUGUAAUACAGUUUAAUAGCAUGAUGCAACAGUUUUUUCAAGUCCAAGCUUUUAAUGUCUUAAAUAAAACAAAAUCAUUCUAGUAUUGUAAUGCUAUGUCCAAAUUAAGUGAUAUUAAGUAUUAAUUUAUUUGUCUAUUUACAAUCGUGUUAUUAUGAGUAAAGAUUUUUAUUGCGUUUAAGCAUAAGGCAAUUAAUUGUUGUUUACUGCUUGACCUCUUAACAAUUCCGUUUUGUAUAAAUGAAUUUAUAUUGUAUGUAUUAUAAACAUAUAAUUAGUUCUUUGUAUAUAAAUAUAUGUAUGAAGCGUCUGAUAUGUAAUCUGUUUACAUGAUUUAUAAAUAAUAAUGUAAUUUUUAAAUUUAUUAGUAUAAGUAGAUUAAACUAAUAAUAUUAUUAAAAAAAUAAUGUAUAACGUAAGAGGUCAAUAUGUUAACAAAAAAGAAUGUUAUAAAUAAUAUUAAUGUAAUUCCUGAAAAUCAUAAAAUGCGUUAUAAAAACUUAAUAAUAACUAAACAUCAACGUCUAGCAAUCACAUUAUAUAUAUUUUUUAAUGGUAUUUGUUAAAUAUUUUAAUUUUAAUCUGAAAAGUAAAUUCUUCCCGAAAAAAUAAUUUUUUUAUUAAUACGUUUAGUAGUUUAUGUAUUCUUCUGUUAUAACUAUAGUUGUAAUUUCUAAGAUGAAUAUAAAUUUUAUCUUAAGUAUCUUUGUAUAUGAAGAUACAACCUAAAAUGAAUUAUGAUUCUUCUAAACGUUUUAGAUACUUUGACGUAAUAAACGAUUUCUAAUUAUUACGUAAAGUCCAUAUUUUAUAUUGUUUAUAAUAAUAUGCAGUAUUUAAAUUUUAUUACAUAUGUUGAUAUGUCUCAUAUUGUAAUUAUAAUAAUCUUCUAAAUAUAAUUAUAAUAAUAUCUUUAAAUAUAUAAUAAUCUAAUCUAGUCAAUUAUUGUGUAUUGCGGGGAGCUAUGAAUAUUUCAAAUUAUUCCUUACUAACAGUAUGUAUACUUUAAAUUGAUUUUAAGUUAUGAAACACUUUGUCCCUCUUAUUUAAACUAGUUCCAAUUCAAACUAGUCAUAUCAAAGUAUAAUCGCAGAUAUUAAUUCACAAAUAAUAUAAGACAUACAUGCAGUAGAACAUGAACAACAAAACACUGUAAUGUCAUCCAUGGAAUAUACUUUAAUUGAAUAAAAAUUAUAAUUGAAA